UUGACAUAAGUCAGCUCACGGGAGCAAAAAUCAAUUAGUCGUUAGUUCAAGGUUAACGCGGGCAUUUCGGCCAACACUACAGUAUUUCAAAAAUUUAAAAAAAAAGAAAAAAAAUGGGAAAACUUAUUUUAUAUGCCAUAGGCGGGAGUGCACCCUGUCGCGCUGUUUUGCUCACAUUGAAAGCGCUAAAUGUGCCUUUCGAAUAUAAAAUUAUAAAUUUAUUAGUUGGUGAAAAUCGUAAGCCGGAAUAUCUUGCUAUCAAUCCACAUGGCACAGUGCCAACACUCACUGACGAUGAUGAUGUGCUCACGGAUUCACAUGCGAUUAUCACAUAUUUGGUUGAUAAAUAUGGCGUUGACGACUCACUCUAUCCCAAGGAUCUAAUUCAACGUGCCAAAGUUAAUCAAAUUUUAUUCUACGAGGCUACUAUGGUCUUUGAUCGCACCUUUCUACCAAUCAGCAAAGCUGUCUUCAAUAAUCACAAUGUCAUUCCAGUUGCCAAAAUUGAUGCCGUCUAUAGCGUUUACGAACGUUUAGAGAGUUUUCUGCAGGAACAUCCUUUUGUUGCUGGUGAAAAUUUAACAGUUGCAGAUUUUUCACUUAUCGUAACGAUAAGCUCACUCUUCACCUAUGCUGAACUAGUGGAGAGUAAAUAUCCGAAAAUUGCUGAUUGGGUUAGACGUUUGGAGCAGUUGCCCUACUAUGCUGAGGGCAAUGAUGUUGGCUUAAAACAGUAUCAAGCUAUUGUGAAAUCGAUUGGUUUCAAAGUUUUACGUUAAUUAAAAGAAUUUGUUGUAUUUUCAAACAA